CUCCCACAACGCUGUUCGGAUGUUUUUGCGGACUGAUAGGCAGGGGCUGGUCGAUGCUAUUCGCCGCAGUCGGUCACCCCGUCUGCGUCUACGACGUCGAGCCGAAACAGAUCCUGGCAGCACUUGAAUUUAUAGAGGCCGAGCUCAAGAGACAUGAGAAGGAAGGAACAUUGCGGGGAACAUUGAACGCAGCUCAACAGAGGGCGCUAAUAUCUUCGUCUAGCGACCUGAAAAGCUGCGUCAGUGGAGCUAUACAUGUGCAGGAAUGUGUCCCAGAAGACCUUGAGCUGAAAAAGAGACUUUUCGAGCAGCUCGAUGCAGUGGCGCCACCUGGUUGCGUGUUGGCAAGCUCAACCAGCUGCCUGCUACCAUCUACGUUCUCAGAGAAACUGAAAAAUCGAACGCACGUGAUUGUGGCGCACCCUUACCUGAACGUAGACGGCAUGGUCGACUACAUGCGCCGACACGGAGCCGGCCUGGAGCGUGUGAGCGCCACCAUGGGGCCGACGCCGGCGUACACAGCGCCACCGCCAUCUCUUGAGCAGAUUAACAAACAACUGCAGGAGAUGACGCCGCUUGGAGAGAUGGGGGCGCGGCGGGCGUGGCGGGACAAGAUGCUGUCAGCUUUAGCCAGGCUCAAGCGCGACAUGGAGACGGAGUAACGAUGCAGCAACAGUAGUUACGCGCUUGUCUGCCAAGACGUGCGUAGUCUGUGAAUAUCUACGCUCAGUACUCGGUUCUGUCUCUCUCUCACACACACACACUCUCUCUCUCUCACUCUCUCUCGCUUUUUUUCUCGCUUUUUC